UUCUAGCUUUUGCUUCUUCCAUCUUCUCUGCAAAACUUUUGUAGUCUCAGAAUAUCGAUGCAAUCAUGCAAGCCUUGAGAAGACUUUUUGUCUGCUCCUUGUUAAUCUCCUUCCUAAGAAUCUCAACUACAACCGCAUUAGACACAAUCACUCCAAGUCUAUCAAUGAGAGAUGGUGAAACUCUAGUUUCAGCAGGUGGAAGCUUCGAACUGGGAUUCUUUAGCCCUGGUACAUCAAAGGGCCGAUACUUGGGAAUAUGGUACUCUGUUGAUACUAAGACAGUCGUAUGGGUAGCUAACAGAGAAACACCACUUGCCGAUUCUUCAGGAGUUUUGAAGGUCACCGAGCAAGGAGUUCUAGUCCUUCUCAAUAGCUCAAACAGCAUGGUAUGGUCAUCCAAUUCAUCAAGAACUGCAAGGAAUACAGUAUCACAACUCUUGGAUUCAGGAAACCUUGUUGUGAAAGAUGGAAAUGAAACUAACCCUGAUAACUUCUUGUGGCAGAGUUUUGAUUAUCCUUGUGACACAUUCCUACCAGAAAUGAAGCUUGGUUGGGACUUAGUUACUGGUUUAGAGAGGCAUGUCUCGUCUUGGAAGGGCACAGACGAUCCUGCUGAAGGAGAGUUUUCAAUAAGGAUGGAUCGCCGUGGUUUGCCACAAGUUGUUACUAUGAAAGGAGCUAAGAUAAUGGCUAGAGAAGGGUCAUGGAACGGCCUUUCUUUUACAGGAAAUGCAUAUCCUCAACAAGUAGCAGCACACCCAAUAUUUGGGUUAAGGUGUGUGUUUAACAAGGAUGAGGUCUAUUGUGAGUACAGGCUUCUAAACACGUCCAUGUUCUCGAGAUAUAUGGUGAAUCCAUCAGGUGUUGUGCAGCGAUUCACAUGGGUGUACCAAACACAUAGUUGGGAACUUUCCUCUACAUUCCAAGCAGAUCACUGUGAGAAUUAUGCCUUGUGUGGUGCAUAUUCUAGUUGCAAUAUCAAUGUCUCUCCCAUAUGUGCAUGCUUGAAGGGAUUUGUACCAAAAUCUCCAAAAGAUUGGAAUUCAGGAUAUUGGUCUGAUGGGUGUGUUAGAAAGAUUCCACUGGCUUGCAGCUCUGGAGAUGGCUUCCUAAAGUACACUGGGGUUAAAUUGCCAGACACAUCUUCCUCAUGGUUUGACAAAAGCAUGAGCCUCAAGGAAUGCAAUGGAUUAUGUUUGAACAACUGCUCAUGUACGGCAUAUGCAAAUUUAGAUAUCAGGGGAACUGGCUGCUUGCUGUGGUUUGGUAGCCUCAUUGACAUAAGGGAAUUCACUCCCGGUGGCGGUCAAGACCUCUACAUACGGAUUGAAGCUUCAGAACUUGAUAGAAUUGAGAGAAAGAGCACUUUCAAGAAGAAAAAGCUACCCAAAAUCUACGGCUUUCUUAUAUUUUCUUUAUUAUUCAAACUACAAGGUGCAUUACUUUUUAACAUAUAUAAUGGGUAA